UCCAAAUAUUUAAAAUGACUAAAUUAUGUUCAAAUUAUCAACAUAUAAUAAAUUGGCAACGAUUCCAGCGACAACAUUGUCAUAUUAUCUAUUGUCUCGUGAAUAGUGGACGUAUUACAUGGAAUAUUGUAUUCUUUAUGGGCAUUCUGGCUAAUCUACCAUUGAAUAUCAUGUUUAUGUAUAAUUUAAUAUUCGUACGAAAUUCAAUGAAUGAUCAAUUAAUAUAUAUUGGAUUCUUAACAUUUCAAAUGAUUGUAUUAUCAAGUAUAAUACAUAUUGCUGCUAUGAUCAAUUUUUCGGUCCAUCAAUUUAAACGACAAUUGCCUGGUUUACAGAUUUAUACGAAACAACCGAGUAUUAAAUGGCAAAUCCAAGAAUAUUAUGAACGUUUAUCCGAUAAUCGUAAUGGUUUCGGUUUAUAUUUUGGUCGUAUUUCGGUUAUUGAUUAUAAAAAUUCUUUUCAGAUAUUAAUGUCAUAUUUUGGACUCAUGUUGAUCAUGUUUAAAACAUUCAAUAAAAAUAAUGCUACUGUCUAAAAUCAUUUGAAGAUAUUAUUUCUUGUAAAUGUAAUAGAUUUACGA